ACCCUAUAUGAAUGAUGUUCUUGUACUGCUUUGCGUAUUCGUUUACAUUGUUCGAGUAACGACGUAGGGAAGAGAACAAUUUUCGAUGUUAGAAAGUGUAUCGAAUGUUUUUUGCGCGAUGAAAAAUGGAAGAUCAAAAGAUGCGGUUUCGCUACAUUAUGUAUCAGUGCUUUAAAAAAUGUAGUACGCCUAAAAACACUGCAAAGGAGAUUUGUGACGUUUAUGGUGAUCGGUCUAUAACUGUUCAAACAGUUCGGACUUGGUUUAGGAGGUUUAGAACCGGAAAUUUUAAUCUGAAAGAUGAAGACCGCAGCGGUCGUCCAUCCACCACUGAUAUUGACCUUAUCAAGGCCUAUCUCGAUGAAAAUCCAAAGUCUAGCCUUCGUGAGAUAGAAGAUGCUUUAAACAUUCCGCGAACAACGAUUCAUGAGUAUGUAACAAAGCUUGGGUACGUUAAUCGCUACGACGUGUGGCUCCCCCAUCAUCUGACGGAGAGCAAUCGCAUGAAUCGAAUUUUGAUAUGCGAUUUGCUAAUUCAACGCAACAAAACAGAGCCAUUUUUAGAAAAGUUAAUUACUGGAGAUGAAAGUUGGAUUCUCUAUGAUAGCAUUGCGCGCAAGCGAUCCUGGUCGAGUCGAGAUAAGUGUCCUCCAACGGUAGCAAGACCUGGACUUCACCCGAAGAAGGUGCUGCUUUCAAUUUGGUGGGACUGGAAGGGUAUCCUCUACUACGAAUUACUUCCGGAAGGGCAAACGAUCAACAGUGAAAAAUAUUGCACCCAACUCGAAAAACUUAAGGAAGCCAUUAUCACAAAACGUCCUGAAAUGAUGAACAAACGUGGCUUCGUAUUCCACUACGAUAACACGAGGCCACACAUUUCUUUAGCGGUGCAAAUGAAACUUCUAGAGUUUGAUUGGGAUGUUUUACCACAUCCUCCAUAUUCUCCAGACCUUGUACCAUCGCACUAUUAUUUGUUUCUCCCCCUAAAGGAUUUUCUUCGCGAUAGAAAAUCCAAAUCAGUAAACGAAGUGAAAAAUGGCCUCGAAGAAUAUUUUAAAAGUAAGCCGAGAGAAUUUUGGAAAAAUGGUAUUAUGAGGCUACCGGAGAGGUGGCAAAAGGUGGUAGAACAGAAAGGAUCAUACAUUAUUUAAGAAAGUUACACAGAAGGAAAUAUAUUUUAUACUUACCUCCUAUUUAAAAAACGAAAAGAACUUUCCGGACAACCUAAUAACUGUUCUAUUUAAUCAUUUGUCUUCAUUUUAGUAUAAAUCUAAAAUGUCCAGUCGCGAAAAAUGAGGGAAAACAAAGGCGAAGGGAAAUUCGUCUCGUUUGUUCAAAGCGGAACUCGCAUUUCCCGUUAGUCGUAUCCAUAGACUUUUGACGAAAGGUAAUUGCGCCAAACGCGUGGAGUCUGGUGCUCCUGUCUACCUGACUCUAGUUAUGGAAUAUGAAUUACUGAAAAUUCUCAAUGCGAGAAUUGAUUGUAAAUAUUAAUAAAUAAAAAGAAAACAUUAUGGAAUAUUUGGCUGCUGAAGUUCUGGAAUUGACUGAAAAUGCAGCACGAGACAAUAAAAAAUCCAGAAUCAUACCCAGACACAUUCAACUCGCCAUCCAUAAUGACGAGGAAUUAAACAAAUCACUAUCUGGAGUCGCUAUCAGACAAAGGGGUGUUUUGUCAAACAUUCAAACGGCAACAAUAUAUCCACGAAAUGGCCCUUUUAAGGGCCAAAAAUUAUCUUCAAGACGAAGGAUCUUCUCGGAUUUUGCUUUGUCCUUUUAAUCCUUCGGAUUUACACAAUUGUCACAAUAAUCAUCGGUCACGUUACUAAAUUUUGUAAAAUGAUUAAAAUAAGAAAUUUCAU